AUGGAAGCAGACAAUCAUGGGCAACAGUGGACUGUGUGGUUUCUCUGGAGGGAAGGAGUGGCUGCUUCACAUAUUCACAUAAGGUUAGCAGCCAUAUGUGGGGAAGCAUCACCAAGUUGCAGAACCGUGUUUCGCUGGAUAGCAGAGUUCAAAGAUGGCAAGGACUGUGCAGAAAAAGGCAAAAGCAGUGGGUGUCCAGCAACAGCAUUCACACCAGACAGUACCCAGCAUGUGUCCGACUUGAUACUGGAGAACAGGCUCAUCACUUUCGAUCAACUAGAGAACGUAACAGGGUUGUCACACAGAACACUGCACACCAUCACCCAUCAGGACUUGAAGAUGAAAAAGGUCUGUGCUCAAUGGGUGCCCCAUUCUCUCACCAUUGUGCAGAAGCAGGAUGUGCAGACAUGCCAACAGUUGCUGCAGCUGUAA